AUGCAGCGUAAUUUCGGUUGCAGCCCCUACGACGCCGGCUACCGCAGCCUGGGGGUCGAGGUGGAGGAUGAACAGUAUGAUGCGAAGCCAACCUUAACUUCGUUGGUUCUAAUGAGAGGAGGGGAGGAUACACGGUCCAAACCUGAGCGCGAAGGGGCGGCGGCAAACAGCGUUGGCGCGGGAGAGCGGAGCUCCCCGAACGAGGAAAACCAGGAGGGAGGCUUUGGCGGCGGCUUGGAGCCCCCGCAACAGCAGGAGGAGCCGCCCCCCCCGGCCCUGCAGGGGCCACUGGUCGCGGAGAGGAAGCAGCGCCGCUACCGCACCGCGUUCACCCAGCUGCAGCUGCAGGAGCUGGAGGGCAUUUUCCAUCGCACCCAGUACCCCGACGUGUUCGCGAGAGAAGAGAUUGCUGUACGUCUGAAUUUGACUGAAGCCAGAGUGCAGGUCUGGUUUCAGAACAGAAGAGCCAAGUGGAGAAGACACCAGAGGGCCCUGUUUAGAAAUCUGGCCCCCAUUGCUUUGGGCCCUCCUGUGGGGGUGAUCUUUGAAGGGCCCUAUGCUAUCCCUGUUCUAGAACCGGGGUGGAGAUAUGUUCCUCUGGUGCCUCGGGGGCUCAUGCCUCCUGGGCCUCCACCACCACCUGUGCUCCCCGGGCUACCUCUGCCCCCCGGGCCACCCAUGCUGCCAAUGCCACCUCCACUUUUGCCUCCCUUUGCUCUGGCCCCUGUAGGCAUGGCAUGGGCCCCUGUCAUCAAUGGUCAUUUCGCAGGGCCCAUUUUCUGA